AUGGCCAGACCGGGGCCCUCGCAAGCAGUGCUGAACAGCCUGCAGCUCUCGCAGGAGCCGCGAGCAGUGUUGAUCCCAGUGCGAGCAGUGCUGAACAGCCCGCAGCACUUGCAGGAGCCGCGAGCAGUGCUGAACAGCCUGCUGUUGCUGGGUGCACCGGUAAACGACCUUUCCACAGUGUCAGUGCUGCGCAGCCUGGCCGCGAAGACACAGCGCCCCGGGGAGGAGCCUCGUCGGGCUCCGCCUCAGCAGCACUCAGCGCGGCACUCCAAGGCAGUGACGAACCCGCAGCAGCAGCGCAUGAAGCACCACGCCCCCGCGACGAGACCAGCGCUGCGCAGCCUGGCCCAAGGAGCAGUCAGGCUCUCCACAGCAGAGAGCCAGCCACGGGGAGCCGGAGCGAGCUCCAGCUCGACACGGUCGCCACGCACCGAUGCGCAGGCGAGUGCUGCGCAGCCUGGCAUACCCACCAAGCGGCAGCGAGACAAUUCCAUCGUGAACAUCCUGCGGGGCCACCCGCAAAACUCCGACAGUUCUGUCGGUGCUGCCGGAGCCGUGGAGAGCAACGCCGGCCGCAUCCGUGAUUGCAACGCGGUCACUGCCGUUGCAUGCCGGCCCCUUGUGUCCGCAAUCCAAACGAACUUCGCCACAAGAGGGCCACUGAACGAGGAAACUUCCCCGUUCUUCACGCAGCUCCACGAGGCCACCGCCGCGACGCAGCACGCGCCAACCCUCGCCGCACAAGAGUUCCACGCACGCCUCAACGACGCCGAGACGCUGCCCACCACACCGCUCGGACGCCACGACCCGAACGAGCAGCUCUUCAAUGCCUACGCGUGGUACUCUCUGACGAUGCUGGCAGUCUGCGAGGUGCUGCAGCAGUUCUACAGCGAUCCUUGCGCGCGGCACUUGAAGCAGGACUGGCUGCUGAAGGCCCUCGAGAUCCCAGGGGCACGCCGCCGCGACGCGCGCCACUUCGCUGAGCUCUUCAACGCCGCCACGGAGCCUCCACGGGCAUUCAUUCUACGCUUUGGGCCUGCCCUACGGCUUCUGUUCAACUUCAAGGGCGACCGUGGCAAGCGCUACGCACCCCAGGGCGCGCGUGGUGCGGAUGUGGUACUCGCGGCGAACCGGCGCCCGGCCUACUUCACCCGCCUCGCAGACUGUGCUGCACAGCUUGUUUCGUCGUCGGCAUCCAACAGUGGUGCGCGGCCUGUAGGAGCACCAGACCUCGCGCUUCCCGCGGCCUCGCCGCCGGUCACGUGCUGGAUUUGCGGCGAAGGGUUCGCGCACAACGGCGCUUUCUUCAAGCACUGCUCCGACGCCCGCGGCGGUUGCGCGGAGCAUCGCAAGAGGCUCUUGUGGCGAGCGCAACAGGAUGGUUUCAAGCCCUUGUUGCCCUGCGUCAAAAGGCACAUCUUGCAGUCCGCCACCUUCCACUCGACGUUCUCGGCGCCUGGUUCCUUGUCGCUCCAUUGGAACCGCCCAGAGGCCGUCGCCGCGGCGGGGGCGAGGUGCGAGGCGGCCUGCGCCGCUUGUGCACGGAAAGAUCGGCUUGAGAACCGUUAUCCCGUGUACCUUUGGCGGGAGGCCACCGAUGAACGGACAUUGACGCAGUUCCUGCGCGCAGACAGCGGAACCUCGACGUUCCCCACCUGCGGCGACACUCUUUGCUUCGGGAACCGUGACAAAUUCAACGGGCACUCGUCCACGGACGGGUACAUGUCAGGAUUCGCUGGCAGCCGCAUCCUGAUCUCGCAAGCUGCGGCCACGCUCGCGGAUGCACUACCGCCGUCCCCCACGCGCUUGAAGGACAGUUUCGUUGUGAUUUUCGGCCAGGGCGCUGACGAUUUGCGCAAGUAUCAGCUCCUCACCGUGCAGCGCGACGCCUACAGGGCCGUCGCUGCGGAGCGCGCCCGGGUCAACGCCAUCUUCGCGGAUAUUCCCGUGGACCAGGCCGCCGCGAAUGCCCUCCCGCUCAACGGCGUGCCACAGCAAUUCCUGGACUGCGCCGCCCAGAUGCCGGAGGUCGAGCGUUGCAGCUCGACGCGCUCAAGGCCGGGCACCGUCCGCGAUCCCGCGGGCGCGGCCCGCCCCGAGGGCGAUGCCUCCGACGAGCUUUCCGAGAGCGGCGACGACAAGCGCGCUGCGACAGCGCCAGGGGAGGCUGUUCCAGCUCGCGCUGCGCAGCCUAGCGCUGCCUCACAAAACGUGGAGCACCUCGACCAGUUCGAAGCCCCAAUAGGCAUGGGCCCUGCGGCCGCGCCCGCGUUCGCGCAGCACGCGGCCGCCUGUGAACGCAACUUGGAACGCGUGCGGGAGUUAGUCGCCUCCCCCAGCUCCUCCGUCAACCGGAAUCCGAGCGGACAGAGCGACGGCAGCGCUGCACAGCCAGCUUCCUUGGCCACGGCCACAGCCGCUGCGGAGGAGCACUGCUCCAGGGCCGCCGUGGACUUGCGAGGGCCCGCCCGGCAGCUGAACGAGCUCGAGUACCAUCUCGAAGAGGAUCCGGCACCGUGCCGGGCUCGGCGCAAGAGCAGGUUCGACACGCUGGAACACGUCUGUGUUUUCGGCGACACCAUGCGCCGCCUUGCUCUCUUCAAGGGCGCGCGCCCCGCCGUCCGACGACAAGGAUUCCAGGGAGAUGCGCGGCUCAUUGCGAACGCCACUUCAGCACAUUGCCUCCAAGCCCUCGCCCACGAGGCUUUAGGGGGCGCGAGCGUCGAGGCGCUCGCACGAGACGACCGCGUCUCCAAAGAACUGGCCACUGCCGUACGACAGGUGCUCAUCAGCACGAAAGACGUACCUUUGACAGACGGCUACAAACGGAACCUACGACAUGAAGGCCAUAACUUGAACGUGGCGUUUGGUUCCUUGACAGUAUUUGCCACGGUCAAUUUCGCCGACAACUACGCACCACUUCUUUUCAGGCGUUGCAGCGGCGAAGAGGUCACUUGCGACGUCGCGCGUGAUCUCAAUGCUGAACGGCCUGACAUGCCAUCGUCGCACCGCAUGCAGCAAUUCAUUGCGGAGCCCCCGCGGGCACAGGUUCAGUUCUUCAAGCUCAUGGACGACGUCGCGGACAUUUACUUUAUGGGGAUCGACGGCUCCUUCAUUGGCAGGCACCACGUGCGGCAUGUUUUCCGCCACGCCCUCCGAGAAGACCGUUUCCCCUCCACUUGCGCACCCGGCCUCGGGGGCUUCGGCGUCGCGGAACUCGAACCUUUCGAGCCCCGAGCCCGCGGCUUUCAGCACGGCCGCCGCAAAGUCUACAAGAUCCCGACCACCCGCGAGCACUACGUCGCCCUGCUGGAAGAGCUCAAGCAGGCCUUGAUCAGUUGCGCUGAGUCAUUGCAGCGCGAGGCGUCGGCCCUGCCCGCCGCCCAGAUGGGGAAAACCGUGCCGGCUGAGAAAUUUACCAGGAAGCAACAGCUUCAGUCGCGGCUCGACGGCGGCUUAGAGCUGGACGGCACCCACAGACAGCUCCUGGAGACCACGCCUCAGGAGCUCCCCGGCCACCGCGUCGGGGAACACUGCCGGGCACAUGCGGAGCAGCGGCCAGUGCUGUCGUGCUACUCACAGGACUCCUUGCAAGGCUGUCACCAGAGCCGCAUGCCCACGUAUCGUCUUUCACAGAGCGCUUGCAACGUCACUCCCUUGGAUGAGGUUGGCAUGGCGAGCGACACUCAGCGGGUUCGGGUGCCGACCACGGUAUUGAGCUGGUAUGCCGACGAGGAGAGCGACCACAUCGCGGGCCUCCUGCAUCCACCAGCCCUGAACGCGAAGCAGUUGACCGGCAUCUUGACGCGAGCCAGAGAACUUGAAGCGGCCAAGAGACCCGGUCGGGAGAGCCAAGAGCUGAAACAGAUGAAGACCUUGGACGACCUCCACACAGUGCUGCACAGCCUGUCGCCCGAUAACGACGUGGAACUUGCGCAGGUCCACAGAAGCUGUGGCUCCCCCCUCGCCCUGCUCACCGCCGCGCUCGACAUGCAAGACGCCAUCAUGAAACACCUGAAACCCACCGCCACCAUGCAGGGCGACAUGCCCGUCGACGACAUCGACUCCUUCAUUCCGGAGGCAGCGUUGAACAACCUGUUGCAGCAACAGCGGGAGUGUGAGUGGAUUGACAUGACCGACGCUUUACGAGGCCCGGCACACGCGGCCAAGAUGCUCGUUCGACGCUGCCAGGGGCGACGCUCCACACCGACGCGGCCCUGCAAACUCAACGAAGAGCAGCUCCAGUGCAUUGCCCUCUUCGUGGCCCGCCUGGAGCAGGCCUUCCUUGAGCGCCCCGAUCCGAGCAAGCCGUGGCCCCGUCCAGCUCGCGCCCUAAAGACCGCGAUCAUGGGCGGCGGGGGUGGCUGCGGCAAGACGACCUUGAGCGCCGAGAUCUUGCCGCCCUUACUCGAGACGUUCUUUCGCCCCGAGGGAGUCCCACGACGUGCCCCUUCGAACAAACCCGCUCGACUGAUCGGCGGUCGCGCCGCGCGCUCUGGCCAGGGGCUGACGCCCGAGAGUUCCAUGCGAACGCGCGCGUUGGCCUUGAACGCGCGGACUCGCCAAAACCUUGCCGCCGCCCACGUCGACGCUGGCGCGUUGCAUGUCGACGAGUACUCACAACUACAAGGCGAGCUCAACCACGCCAGGGCUCUACGAACCACGUACGCCCGCGAGGCAAAAUGCGGCUUGAGCAAGGACGUGUACUUCAAACCUCAGGCCAUGCGCUUCACCGACCACACACUCAUCGACAUUCUGAACACCGUGCGGGUGCCUGGCGGCAGGGCCCUCACGGAGCAUCAGUGGCAGGCCCUCAAGAACACCGAAGUCAGUGCUGAACAGCCUGACAUCCCAGAGUCGUGGUACCACUCGUGCUACUGCUGGAGCGUCAUCAUCAUGGCCGCGUUCAUGCUCGCACGGCAGUCCGCCCGUGAGGCCCGGCAAAUUUCAUUUUACGUGCAAGCCGUGGACCAAGCCAGAGCCAUCGUACCAGAGACGAACACGACGCAGCUCUACGAGGACUUACUUCGGAUACCCAGCAUCCAGAGAACGAGACGCCUUCCACCGGUGGUGCUCUUCCAUUACGGCAUGCGAGCACGGCUCGCGACCGCGAUCCAGCAAGCUUUUGCUGUGCAGGACGUCGAGGGCACCGCUGUCGGUUUUGACCCGGACCCCGCCGACCUCACCCCGAAAACCAGGCUUCGGUCACCAUCCGCCUCGCACGCCGCGGAAUUCGCAUGUCCUCUCAUGCCGAAGGCUAUUUACGUGAAGCUGGAUGACUGCGAUCUCCAGCUCUUACCACCAGCAGUGUGUCCGGAGCAUCCCGAGCGCAGCUCAACGUGCACUCGCUGUACCAGUGCUGCACAGCCUGGCGUCAUGGCCAUCCGGCCUAGGCCGCGCACGUUCAAACACUUCUACUCACCCACGGAGAAAGCCAAAUACGUCAUAGUCCCACGGACACAGAUACCGCUGAUGCCGGCGGCGGCCGUCCCGCUUUAUUCGACGCAGGGCACCGCGGCAGCCUCACCGGUGACCCAGAUGGCCAAUAGUGCCGGCAGCGGGGCCAGCGGCGCCGGCGCGCAGCGCCGCUGGGGGCAGGCUCAGCCGGGUGGCACACCAUUCGAGGUGAUGGCGUGGGCCUUCGAGGGAGAGGAGCACGUCUUCUGGCGCCCAUGCGUGGACUGCGGCCUGCGGACGGGGUGCUUCUGCGACGGGUGCUUCGCCUCCACCCGCUUGCCGCUGGAGACGUGGAAAGCGGGGCAGCGGGCGCCGUUGCGCGCGGCAGCCAACGAGCACGCGUUGGACAUCCUUUGCCUCAGCGAACUUGGCGAGCUCGGCGUGGCCAUUGGAAAGAAACUCCCAGACGGCAACGUCAGCGACUGGAUCCGCAACCUGCUCGCCGACAGCGCGGUCUCACCUGUCGCUAUCUACGCCGACGGACAUUGCGCGACUCGACUCUCGUGCUGUCCGAUCGGGUGGAGGUCUUUCAGCAACCGGGUCAUCAGGGACUUCGUGCAAACCCAGCUGGACCGGUGCUUCCAACACUUCCGCGUUCGCACGAGCGAGCGCGGCGAGCCCAUCUCCAUCGUCAAUUGCCACACACCUUCCUCGCAGAAACGACCGCUGACGGUGGCCAGGCGUCUGCUGUGCUUCACCGCAUUUCACCCGGCAUGCGCUGGUGGCCCGUUCAUCUGGGGCGGCGACUCCAACGCGGGGCUCAUGCAGCUCGGCACCCUUCUCGCGUGGAUUGAUGAUCGCUACAACAUGAAUAAAUUCCAGUGCUGCACAGCCUGGUCCAUUGCGAAUGGCAAUCCUCGGCACUGCGUGGCGCAGAUCGGCCAGAGUGGCCGAUGCCCACGCGCCCGGCGCCGCAGCCACAAGCUGAAGCCAGCCCUGCCAGCAGCGCUGCACAGCCGGCUCGGCACGAGCCCGCCGGCAGUUCGGGGCCGCCGCCCCCCCGGCAAUCCUCGGCACUGCAUGGCGCAGAGCGGCCGGAGUGGCCAAUGCCCGCGCGCCCGGCGCCGCGGCCAGAGGCUGAAGCUUACUUUUCGAGCAGCGCAGCACAGCCUGCUCGGCAGGAGCCCGCCGGCAGUGCGGGGCCGCCGCCCCCCCGGCAAUCUUCGGCACUGCGCGGCGCAGAGCGGCCGGCUGAAGCCAGCCCUGCUAGCAGCGCUGCACAGCCGGCUCGGCACGAGCCCGCCGGUUCCGAUUGUGAAGAAGCCCGUGGGUAUCGCGCAGAUUUCCGACUCGAGCGAGACCGACUCCGAUUUCGAGAAGUUCGAGAAGCAACUCUUCAAGGACACCACAUCGACUUCGACGAGGGUUCCUCUCACUGCCGCUCAGCUGGCGGAGCUGGCUCAAGGCGCAGCGGCUGGCCCGUCUCCAGGAGACUACAUGGCCGUCAGCCGUCAGGAGACCAAGAAGCACGCAGAAUCCAAGAAGAAAACCAUGGUGCCAACUCCAUUGCCAGAUGACUCGAAGGACAUGGCCACGCCGAUGGAAACGGCGAAGCAGGGCGCCAAAGGUGUGGCCAGUGACGCUGUGGGCCCCAUCGAGCCCUAUCUCAAGAUGAAUGGCAAGAGAUUGGUCAUUCGCAAGAGGGUCCGUAGCCGUGCGUAUGCGUUGGAGAAGGGGCACCACCUCGCACAGGGCGUUUCUAAGGAGGAGGCCUGCAAGAAGGCGCAGGUCUACGCAUGCGCUCAAGCGGAGCGGUGGAGCACUCUCUGGCCGGGCCCUGCAGAGGUCAUCAUAGUGGAGACCGCAGGUGGUGAAGUUGAGACAGUCGACUCUUUCGUCGGCAAGAUCACCGAGAUUACGAGCGACCUCCAAGCCCUCGAGAACAUGCAGGUGGUCACGGAAGCCUGGCUCGAGAAGAUUGGGGAUGGCAAGUGGUGCGACAAAAUCAGGAGCGCUUGUCUCGAUCUCGCCGCGGAGAUUUCAGAGUUCGCGGCCCAGACGAACAGGUGCAACUUCGACCGAGACAACAUCGACGGCAUCCUCCAGUCGACCAGCACCGCCCGCCACAGGUGCGAGAAGCAGUUCGGGACCCUCAAGGUGCACGUGCGGAACGUCAUCGGCGAGUUGAUUGACGUCGACGAGAAGCUGGUGGACUCCACGGCCCAGGCAGAGGUCGACGUCAAGGCGCUCUUCUCCAAGCCAUCGCGUGGCAAGGCCAAGGCAAAGAGCCUCACCAAUGAGCACACUGCACCGACUGCCCAUGGCGGCCAGGAAGCAGAUGGCGCUGCAUCUACUACUCCUGCGGCUGCACCUACUCGUGCAGGUAAGACGGGCAACAAGGCCAAGGACAAGAAGAAGGGGCAGGACAAUGCGGACAAGGGCGCGGACCGCAAGGGCAAGAAGGCCAAGGCCAAGGCUGCUGCCGCGCGCAAGCGCCCAACUGCCAAGCCGAACCCCAAGGAGGCGAAGGGCCCCGUGGUGACCGACGAUGACAGCGACGACAACCCGCUGGCGGACGCCUUGUUCAAAGCCUCUGACAGCGACGACAGCAGCAAUGAGGCAGCGGGCGCCGAGAAGUUGAACGGCCUGAAGCAGGGUUUGAAAGCGUUCUUGAACGCGAACCCAGACGACACCGUCACCAAGGACAACAGGUUCUCCGAGCGCUUCCUCGUGAACUUCGUCACCCAUCAAAGCAGGCGCGCUGAGGCCACUAAGAAAGUUUCAACGGCGCGGGUCUUGGAGAAGAAGGGUGCGAAGUACAACGACGUCGUGCGCAUGGGCGUCGAGAAGAUGGACCAGGAACUAGGACCCGAGAAAGCAAAGCUUUGGAGAUCUGCGCUCAAAGCGAUGCCCGACUCCUUGACAGGCAGGACUGACGACAAGUAUUUGGAGUAUGCCGUUCCCGCUGCCAGCCGCAUGCGCGGCCCCGACGCGGAGCUGGUUGGGGCAGCCAGCGGCAGCAUGGGCAGUGCAUCUUCGGUGAAGGCCGAGCCAGCCGACGCGAAGGAGCAGGGGAAGGCCGCGUUGGUGAAGAAAGCGGUUGAGCUGAAGGGGGACCUUCCCAGCCUGUGCCGCGAGUUUCAAGACAAGUUGCUGGGCGCCAAGCUCAUCUUGACGUGGGCGAAGUCCCGCGCUGAUAUGUGUCACAUGGAGUUCCAGACGGACUUGGAGUCAUUCGUCAAGAAGCUGACGUCGACGAAGAACAUCCUUGAGCGGAUGCACAGCGAGGAGGCUAACGUUGCAGAGAUCCCGAAGCUGCUGUCGCAGAUCCAGAGCAUGAACAGCAAGUACCAGCAGGUGGAGGAAUUCGCCAACAAGAAUGGCUACAAGGAGACGGCGAAGAAGGGCAAGCGCAAGGGCGCCGGGCAGUAUGCUGGCAAUCUUUUCAGAGACUUGAAAUUGAUAUUUGGCUGGCCCGCUGGCUGCGCUCCAUUUGACUGGAUCGUCAUUCCGACGGAGCGUUCUAAGAGGGCGCCGCGCCCUGUCCUGCGGCCGCGCAAGUCCUUCGAGGCCAUGUGGUACGACAGAAGGGUCGCCCAGGUCAGGGGCGACUGGCAAUUUUUUGGCCAGGCUUUCUACUUCGCACAGUGGAACACUGCCGAUGUCAUGUGCUCUUUUUGCCGAGCGUCGAAUGCAGUGGAGGCUCGCGCGUGGUUCCGCGUCGGCGCCGACGCUGGUUGGCGCGACGCCCUGUGGAGUCACGAGUCAUACAUGGCUCACUUGCGCUCCAACGAGCUGCCCGUGCCUGCGUUUUUUCAUGUCAGGCUGCGGCAUCAUAGGGGCCCGCCGGCAGUGCGGGGCCGCCGCCCCCCCGGCAAUCCUCGGCACCUGCGUGGCGCAGAGUGGCGCAAUCCGCUCCACCACCGCGUCAACGCGGUCUUCGGCGCUGGCGACCCCAGCAUGGCGCCGCUGCAAGAGGUGCUGGAGCAGAUCGGCAGCCAGUUCCUCCUCGGGAAAGUGGCGAACGCCGUGGCAUCGUCGACGGGAUGCUACGAACUGCCGACUGUUCCAUGCAUCGUCGAGAAGCUGGAAGCCUUUCUGGAGAUUCACCGUGCGUGGAUGGAGGAUCACGAGAGCUGGAUGAAUGGCGAGACAACUCGCAACUACAACUGGUGGCUUGAGGGAACGGGCAAAGGCGACCACCAGAGGGCUCAUCAGUCACGGCGUAGUGCCUUUUCGGCGCUUGUCUUCCAGAUCAUCGGCAACAAGCGCGCGGUGCUGGCGUCCAUUCAGCAUCCGAUAUGCAGUGCUGCACAGCCUGCAAAAGCGAUCCAGCGCUUCACGCGCGCUUGGGAGGAGGAGAAGUGGUCGGACGACUACAAGAAGCGGAUGCAGAUCUCCGAACCCCUGACGAAGGACAAAGCUCUCCUCGACGACUUCAUCUGCGGCAAGCUCGCCCGCGUUCGCGACGAGUGCGACGCUGCUUUCGGGUGGGGCAAGGCCGGCUGCGUGCAUCUCGCCAUCGCCAUGCCGCAGCCUUUGUUGCUCCGCGCGACCGAGACGACAGUGGGUUCCUACAACGUGGGAAUCCAGUUGUCGGAGGUCGGUGGGAGAAAUUGGAAGAUCAAAGAGCGCCGUUUUGCAUCGGACAUUGCCAAGGUGUUCCAAGUUCAUGCGAUGGACAUAUUUUGCUUGAGCGAGCUCGGCGAGGUCCGAAGGGGCAUCGGCGAGAACAUCCCGGGAGGCGACGUCUACGCCUGGAUUCAAGAACUGCUUGCUGACAGUGCGGCACCGCCUGUCCGUGAAUAUGUCGACGGACGCUACUCGACGCUCGGGAAGUCCAAUCGAGUGGCGGUCCUUCAGUGCAAGCUCGUCAGCGACUUCGUGCCGGACCAGGCAGACCGGCGCUUCCAGCACCUCCUUGUUCGCGUUGGCGACGACAGCGAGCCCGUGUCCAUCGUCAAUUGCCAUGCGCCCGCCUCGAAAAAGCGAGGGUCUACAGUGGGCGGGCGCAGGCGCACCUUCCUUGCUUGCCACAAUGCGCGCGCGGGGGAUCGCUUCAUCUGGGGCGGCGACUCCAACGCGGGGGUCAUUCAGCUCGCCACCCUGGUGCAGAGUAUCGAUGACAGCCACACAGCUUGCCAAGUAUCGAUUGACUCCAGCGCUGCACAGCCUGGAUCACUGCAGCUGGUCUUCUCUCACCCGUUGAGGUUCAAACACGGCGACCUCGCGAUGACCCACGGCCUGCGCAGCGUUCAGACGAACUUCGAGGUUGGUGCGUUUUUCGACGGAGUGAGUGAUGCUCAUGACCUCGUUGUGGCCAAGGUGCUUGUGCCUCGAGACCUCGAGAAGGCGGAUGAGCCUUCGUCGGUUCUGCGAAUCACCGCAGCGCGCCCUCCGCUGACGUGGGAAGCGACGCGCAGCCCGCCACGCAGCGCUGCACAGCCUGCCACCUCCUCCAACGUGGUACGCAGGCCCGCCACGUCCCGUGUCAACGCUAUCUUCAGCAGCGAUGCCUCCGCCGAAGCAGCGUUGCAGGAGGUGCUCGAGAAGAUCGGCGGAGACUUCCUGUUCGGCAAAUUGGCGAACAACGUAGCCUCGUCGGACGGCCGCUUCGAGGCGGCAGCUGCCCCGCACAUCACCGAGAAGCUGGGGGACUUCUUGCGGGUCGUCGAGGAGCAGCGCGCGAAUCACAUGCGCCGCGCGCCGGGCCUGGGCCCCGACUCGAUCUUCACCCUGCGGCAGCAGCAGCCCGUGCUGCACAGCCUGCUCCACAGCCUGCGGCAGCAAGUGGCGGUGCUGCACGUUCAUACCUACGAGUACACGUGGGAUGGCAAACCGAGAACUGGGAAGACGUUCUCUUGUACCUUCGUGUCGCCACAUGAUCCCACUGAGUACUGCAUGGGCCAGAUGCGGUGGAGCAAAAAGGACGAGGACAAGUUCCGCGCGGUUCAGGACAAGCUAUCCGACGGUCUCGCUUUCAUUAUGACAAAAGUUUGCAUCGUCAACGACGCGAAGAAACAGUGCAUUCGCGCCCCCAUCCAGACUGUCGUGAACGUGAGCGACACAGUCUUCAGUCCUUUGCUGACCAGCAGGGGCACCCAAGAUUGCCAUCCUGAGCCUCCCGCGACAAUCGCAGAUUGUGCAAACCUCACCAACCAACAGUUCUUCGACGUGACGGCGCUGGUCAAAUCGGCGAGCCCACUCCGGCCCGCGGGCCGAUCGGGCAACCGCGUCGUCUUCGACGCAGAGAUCACCGACGGCUCUAAGUCCGGCGACCGCGUUCGCACGAUGCUGCUGACCGUCUUCGCCGACCGGGCGUGCUACAACUGGCAAAGGGGCAUCGCCUUGCAGCAGAGGCCGCCACCUUGCUUGGCCUCACUGACUCCGACAGCUUUGCCGUCAAACAAGUUUGAGGAAUGGGUCGCCAGGGACUUUUCAACGGAGCUUGCCGCGGAGACAACGUGCGCGCUCUUCAAGCCCAUUGCGAACACCGCGACCACAGGCGCGGAAGCUCUCGACGCAGCGAAGGAGACGUCCUGGCAGUUAAAUUGUGCCCGCGUGGGAGAGCCGCCAGCGGGUGGCACCAUCCGCGCCAACGAUGGCAAACGACUCUGGUUCCCUGUGACGGUCCGCGACUGCGCGGGCACGCUCGCGCUGUGCAUCCAGGAGGCGGCCGCUUUCAAACUCAGCGGCUUCUAUGAGGCAGACCACUUCGAAACAGCUUUCGUUGCCGGCAAGGUGUGGUUCCCGCAAAUGGCUUUAGUGAAAAUCACCCGACAACUCAAGACCGCGACCGCUGCACAGGAGAGCGCCGAGCAACCGCCGGCCAAAGUCGACGUUCGCAUCGCGGACGCAAUCUGCCAAGACUUAGCCGAGUCGCCCACUGAAGCAUCGGCUCGUCUGCUUCCCCUUCUCAAUCCAGAGAGCGCCAAAUCCGACGUCGUGAUGCCCGCAGCUCUGCACAUGCUCCGGAAGUCUGCACAUCACACGCUCGCAGUGGAGAGCAUCGUGCCGGACAUCCCGGAGAGCUGGAAAGCCAGUUUUGUGAACGUGCCCUCAGCCACGACGAUUAUUCGCCCGUGUUCACAGGUGCUUGCUCUCGUGGAGGCAUCGCAACCGUCGAGCCUUCAAGAAGCGGGGGCCGGCGGCUACAAUAUCACCGCAAACAACGUUAGGGACCUGCUGCAUGACGCGAGCGAUGCCGGCGGCGUCCAACUCACCUCCCUUUGUACCUUGGAGAAUCUACAAGACUUCAAGCGGGAUCCACCCCGCACGCAGGCGAGCAAGAAACAGGCAGCCUUAGUGCUGAUAUCGUCGAUACUUCAAGCGAGCAGCGCUGGACAGAUCGCAUCCUUCACGGUGGACUCCGUGCAGCUGUUGCAGCAGACGGAGGUCGACGCAGUGAGGGCAACAGAGACCACGGUCGCGGAGCCCGAGAAGCAAUUGCAUCGAAUAUUUGAGAGGUACCGCGUAGCCCUGCUGCGCUCGCGCGAGAAGACCCGUGCUGCACGGCCGGUCCGCCAGAGCAGAACGCUGCAGCACUUGUGCGCGAAGUACCAGAUCACCGCGUUCCAACGACCCUUCUAUUUGCUCAUGAUUAUGAAACUACUCCCGGUUCAGUGGGGUGACCACGCGGAACUCUUGCUGCGAACGCCCUGGUCGACGGCCUGGGGCGGAGGCAAAGUCGUCAACGCCUUGCUCUUUAACGGGGGGCGCAUCGUGCCAGGGAGCGCUGCUGAUAUGCGGAGGAACGCUUGGGAUCAGUGCUACUGCCAGAGCUGCAGAGCGAAUGAGGUGUUUGCUUGCGUGCUGCGUCACAGCGAGUUCGGCGAUCGCCUCUUGCAAAUAAGCUGCGAGCACAUCCCUGCUCAAAUGCGACGGCCGAUUGUUAACUUGAAGCGCUUCUGCUACAAGAUCUGCGAGUUGCGGAAGGGGAACCAGUCACGGCUGCGCAGAGUAACCAUGAGCGUGACAGUCCCGCAGAUGUUGGAGCCAGAGUUCUGUCCCCCUCCUGGGCUGUGCCUGUCCGACGGGUGCGGCGGCAGCGGCGCGCCCUGGGCUAGGCAGCAGCCGUUUGAAGCCGAGUUCAGCGCUGGCUUCGGCGCGCGCAACGUGAUCGACUGCAGCCAGGCGGUCGAAUGCAGCCGCAGCGGGCCAAAGGCUCGAGUCUCCAUGGAGCGACACUACAAAUGGAUCAACCGGCAGAUCACUAGCGCGGCCGAGUCUGGCGACGUCACAUGGCUCUUCGACGUCAUACAGCAGCAUGUGAGCGAGAUGAACUUGAUCAAUUGUUCCACCGCCCUGCACCGCGUCGCCAAGCUUGCGCUCGGGAGCAGCGUGCAGGAGCGCGGGAGGCUGGUGGAGCACGAGGCCAUUCGGCGCUUGCGCAGGAAGCUGGCGGGGCACGUCAGCGAGAUGGCGGGCGACGACAACAAUGGGCAUGCACGCGGCGGCGAGUUGCAGUCCGAGAUGCGGUGCUUGAGCAUCAUCUGCUGGUCCUGCGCCACGAUGCGAAUUCGUGAGGCAAGCUUCUUCCAGCACGUGGCGGCCAUCUCUGGCGAGAGGCUCUCCGAGAUGAAGCCGUUCGAGCUGUCCAAUAUGCUCUGGGCGUUUGCCAAGCUCUCGUUCGGCCACACGAGCAUCUUUGAGGGAUUGGCCCCCUACUUGUUGCGCCGCCGGCCGGGGCAGAUCAGCCCACAGUGCCUGUCGACGAUCGUUUGGGCCUUCGGCACGGCGAAAGUGCACCAUGCUGCCCUCUUCACCAGCGUUGCACACGAGCUGUCGCAGCACGCGUCGAGCAUGGGCCCGCAGGGCAUCGCGAACACCGCCUGGGCGUUCGCGCGUGUGCGGCGCCAGGAGCUGAACCUCUUCCGCCUGCUUGCGGAGGCGACUGUUCAGGAGUCCGCGUUGUGGAACUUCAAGCCCCAGGAGUUGUCGAACAUCGUGUGGGCGUUUGCAACGGUUGGCCUGACGCACCCGCCCCUGUUCGAGAGCAUCAUGGAGGUCGCCGUGCAGCGCCGCGCGGAGCUCCCGCCACAGAACAUCGCCAACAUGCUGUGGGCCUACGCGAAGCUUGGGGUGCCCUCCCGCUGGCGCCUGUUCCCGCCGCUGCUCGAGGUCACGGAGCAGAACCUCGAGGCGUACAAGCCCCAGGAGGUGUCGGCCAUAUUGUGGGCCGUGGCCCGCGAGGUGGGUUGCAGCCCCUCGUGCCGGCGGUUCUUCCUGGCGGUGCCCCGCCACUUCGAGGGCCGCCUGCAGGAGUUCACCUCGCAGGGUCUGGCGUGCAUGGUGGAGGCCUACACGCUCGCGGAGGUGGAUGGCCUCAGCUUCUUCGACGGCAUCCUGAGGGAGAGCAUGAAUCAGCUGGACAGCUUCCAGCCGCCAUCACUCUGCACCCUCUUUCGCGGGGUCGCCAUCAAGGCCAGACGCGAGCUCGCCGGAAAGGAUUCCGCGCAAACACCGGACCACGUCAGGACCAUAUCUGACCACAUCGCCGCCAGGCUGCCCGAGAUGCAGCGGCACAACAUUGUGCACCUGGCCCAGAGCCUGGACCUUCUCCCCGCGCACGCACAAGUGACAAGCGCCGCGAAGCUCUGGGAGAGCAGCACCCUCCUGGCCGUCCAGCACCUUCAGGGUGACCUCUGCGAGCCCAUGGGCCCGACGUUGCUUCCCGACCCGCAGCACGGCUCAGGCCCAGAAAGCAACGACGUCCCCUCACCCCCCAAGGGCCGCCAUACCGGCGGGCUGGGGCUCGGCGGGCAACGGCAGCCCCAGCGUCGGGGACUUCAGCCAGGCCCGCAGUCGCUGCAGCCGCAGCCGCCCCCGUGCGCGGAGGUGCCGUGGCCAGUGCCCCUAAACGGAAAGGGGCCGACGAGGGACGCCCUCGACGUCUCUGCCACGCUGGCCGCACACGGGGGCCGCCACGACGCCGACGAGAUGCCGGCGGACCUGCUGCCUCGCAGCUGCCCCGCGCCCAACAAGCACGGGAUCAUCGGGCCAGCGCAGGCGCUGCAGGAGAGCCAGGGCAGGGCGGCGACCGUCUGGGACCUCCACAGCUUUUGGAGCCUCGGCGGAAGUCUAGCCGACGAGCUCGCCCCUCCAUUCUGUUCUGAGCACGCGGACCAAUAG